UCAUUACAUCAUGGCGAUUCUAGCAAUUUAUCUAACACCAAAUAGAGUUUCUUCUACCACCAAACGCGUUUUUGGAGCUGCUCAACAGGUUGAUAAGCUAAGUCAGAUGGAUUGGUGCAAUUUCACUGCUAGCUACCUCUUUGAAGGAAUCAAGGAAUACAAACAAUCUAAUAAGCCACUCAUCAAAGUAAAGGGUUGUGUCCACAUACUCAGCGUCAUAUUCAUCGAUUUGGUGAAAAUUGGUGCAUUAAAAAUACCAGGGGGUUUUCCACGAAUUGGCAUUGUCACUACUCGGCAUAACAAAUUGGCAACUUCGUGUUCACAUCCCUUCCGUGACUAUCAGGUACGUCAUCUAGAAGAAUCGGUCUAUGCUUCUCUGCUUGAUAAAAUACCGAAAGAUAACAUUAUAGAAGGGAGAAAAUGUGCUGACUCUGAUACAAAUACUGAUGCUGGAACUGAUCAGUUUGGUACAAAUGUGGAAGAUACCACAUGCAACAGCACCAAGCUAAUGGAAACAUGCCACUACUCACGGGCCACAAGAUCUCAUGAGGAGGUAACUGUCCAUUACUCACGAGCCACAAGAUCUCAUAAGGAGCCAGAAGAUCCUCUCGAUCAUGGCAGAUCUAUUCUUGGGGCAUCUCAGAAGGAACAUCUCGUUUCAGCAGAGCUUGGCAGUGCCACAUCAUCUCCUAAUACAUUAAGUUUGGCCAUUGUUGAAGCUCCUGAAUUAGACACCUCAACUCCGUCAGCAGUACCUAGUUUAUCCGCAGAAUCAGCAUCUCAUGAAGACACUCACACCAGACACAAAACAUUGGAUAUCUCCGCCAAUGCUGAUAGUACACGUCAUCACUUCGUGGAGCAAGAGCACAUAAACUUUCCAAGAGAUGGCCAGCAAUUGCAGUCCAACGGGCCUUCUUCAAAACCUUAUGCUGCCCAAAUUGCCGAGGGGAUGCAAGUUGCUCCAGAUGUUUCCCUGGGAAGGAACAGGGCUUCUCCGUCGACGAUGGAAGAGGGUUGUCGGACCGCCAAGAAGGCGAGGGUGGAGCAACCCAGCGGCUAUGUGCAGCCAGCUGGAGUAGGCGCGGUUGUGGACACGAGUUUACUUAACUGCCCCCUCUGUUCCCGUCCCUUCAAGCCUCCUGUCUUCCAGUGCAAAAGUGGGCACUUGGCUUGUGGCACCUGCAUCGCUGAGCUCCCUGUCAUUCGCUGCCAGAAGUGUGAGCAUGGUGGUGCCUUUGACGUCCAUAACAUGAUGAUGGACACCAUCGUCUUGUCUGCCAAGGUCAAGUGCUCGCAUGGUGGCUGCCAGAGCUAUGUCAGCUACCAUGAGCUUGAUGACCACCACUCCACCAGAGCAUGUGCCCGUGUGCACCCUGCUACUGCACCGAGCCUGGCUGCGGCUUUGUCGGCCUUCCGCUGGCGCUCCUCAGCCACCUCACAACUCAGCACUCCUGGCCUCUCCACAGCAUCGAGUACGAGCAGGGCUACUGCCGUGUCCGCGGUGCGCUUAGGAGCAUCCUCAGCUCAGCCGCGGUACAUGCUCAAUAUUUUGGCAUACUUGCCACCGGUGGUGGCUGGCCGCAGGGCGCACAUGCUCCUGCUGGACAUGGAUGUAGAGAGCAGCACCAGGCCUGGUGAGGUCGUUGUGGAGGAGCUGUCAUCUUACUUGACAGUGCCGCCUGUUAAAUGCACAAGAACAUCAAGAGUUUUGGUACAAUGA